GCCCAGAGUCGCUGCAAACACUCGAACAAACUGCUGUGGGAAAUACGGCAACAACGAUGCCCUCAGGGGGACGCCAUCCCUCUGCGGAGAACGAACCGUGCCCGUCCGCGCUGGAUCUCCGACGCCCACGACCGCGGCAGCUUGGAUGGUUGAAAACCGUCCUCCUGCUGCUGAUUGCGCUGGCGGUUGCCCGGACGAUGCUGCUGCGGCGGCAGGGCGCUGGAGCCAGCAGCGGAGGAAUUGCUGGAAAGGGGGUGAGCAGCAGCAGCAGCAGCGGCGGCGGAAGCUUCGAGGCGCAGCGGCCGCGGGCGGCGGUGUGCUUCUUCGGGCUCACGAGGUCGCUGAGGUGGACCCUGCCGAGCGUGCAGAAGCGGCUGCUGGAGGUGUUGAGGCAGGGCAUGGCGGUGGACGUCUUCGUACACACGUAUUCCCUGGUCGAGGUAAAUAACAACCGGGCCGGGGAGACGAAGGUCAUGUACGGGCCUUACGUUAACGACUUCCUCGCCCUCAAUCCCACAAGGAGCUUGGUGACGAACCAGGACGACUUCGAUUUGAUCUGGACGGACCCUCUGUCGAUGACUCAUUACAACUGGAAUUAUCCGGAAGAGGACGCACCUGGAGUCAUCAGGAACGUGUUCAGGGCGUACUGGUCCAUGUCCAUGUCGUGGGGCCUAAUGGCCGAGCACGCGGUAGCAGGGGGGUUCGAGUACGACGCCGUGGUUCUCGCUCGACCGGACGUCUGGUUCCACUACGACGUCGACCUACCCACUCGAACGCUUCCUCUCCCGGAGCACACGGUCUUCCUGCCAAGUUUCGAUGCGGAGUUGGCUGCCCAGGUCAGGAAAAAUGACCGCUUUGCGUAUGGGUCGAUGACGACCAUGAGGGUGGUAAUGAACCGCCUCGCCACUCUCCUCGCCGCGGACACCGGUCAGCUCACCGGGGAAAUCGAUUCGGAGUACGUGCUGGGUCACCACCUGCGCAAGAACGACAUUUCGGUGCAGAUGCUAGACCUGCUACUGACGAGAAUACGGCUGACUCGCGACAUCCCCAUGUACGACCAUAGGCUGGUUGAGGAGGCGUGUUUGUCGGGGGAGGAUCCGAUGGCUUGCCGGAUGGUUGACGCCGGCUUCAAGUUCCCUGUUGACGGUGGUGCUUAGCAGGUCGUCGAUGCCUUCAUUUGUCAACAGCACUUGGCAAGUGGAGCAUGGUUUGCAUUUAGGCGUGGGGGUGGAUUUGAGACCGGCUUCGAGUUUCACGUGGCCGGUGCUGCCUGGCAAGCUGAGCGCUUUGAUUGUAGAACGUCGAAAGCAGAGCAGGUUCCCGUUGCCAAGCCGCUCUAUAUCUGGUAAAUAUAAUAGGGCUUGAGGUGAGGUCGGAGAGUUAACACCCCCGAGUUCUUAUUUGUUUGUGUAGAACAUGUCAAGCAGAACUUGGUUGUACCUUCGCUCAUGUGGUGCUGAAACUUGUGCCGUCGAAAAAUGUAUCCCGGGUUUCGUCGGUGCCUUUCGACACCAGUCUGACUUCGAAUUUUGGUGAUAUUUUUUUAUUAGGGUUAUGAGGUUAGAGGACCGCCAGGUAAUCUACCGAAAAGGCCUCUUUCAUCGCUUGUUUUUGUACGUAAACGAUAGGGGUUGCCUCCGGUUUCUUGUCAGCGACAUCCUCUCCCGUCUAUAAAAUGCCCUUAAUGCUGGGCCAUAACCCUAGACACAAGUAGGCAGGCGUAUUACUGCCCCGUGCAUGGAGGACACGUCGCGUACUUGUCAUUAGGUGUGGUUCGAUCAGCAAUAGAUUGCCGUGUGCCCAAGGCUGCUUUCUCAGUUGCGAUUUCUACUUGUAAUUUGUUUCGCCUCUUCUGUGCUUUAUAGAGAUGUUUUUGUUGGUACUUCGUUCCAAGUAUGUUUCUAUUCAUUUACGUCUGCCGUAUUGUUUUAGUGUUGUUUUUGUGUCUUGGUACGCCGAAGAUGGAUGCCGUAACGAAAACAGAUCAUUGAAAAGAGCUAAUUUUCUAUCACAUCACGUCACAUCACGAUCAG